UCGUCACAUCCUCUAACAGCCAUUAUGAUCACGGAGCUCGGGUGAAACAUGUCUAAUAUUGGAAAACUAUUCAAAAUUAAAGGAACUAAACCUCCUAAGCCACCAAGGAGGGAUUAUGAUGAGAAUAGGAGCUCUAGUGAUUUAUCUGAAGAAGAUGAAAGCUAUUUAGACCCGGCCACUGUCCAUCCAACUUCUUCGCCGAAUGAGAGUCCUGUUAUGCCUAGCUACCCUCCUCCGAGACCAAAUCAUUCGCCAGCUAAUCGCCGCGUUCACGAUGCCGGAAAAAGGGCUUCAGUGCCUGUUACGUUUGGCCAGUCGACUAAAGCGGCCAGAUCACAGAGACCACAAAGUGCAGAGCAUUUACAGCAGGGAAAAAUGCUUGUACCUGGGCAAAGAUCCGGCUUUAAGAUGCCCGAUGACUACUCAGAUCCUUGGGAUGCCAAAGAAGCGAAGUCCCCUGGGGGAGACUAUUCUGACCCCUGGGAUGCUACAAACACCCAACCAGGGGCAGUCACUGACCCCACCGUAGCUGGGAGAAAGAGUUCAAAAGAUGAUUACAUGGACCCUUGGGAUGCUAAACAGGAUGGGGAAUCACAGGUACAAAGGGUAACAGUUGAGAAAGUCAAGCAUCAGAGUAAUGAAGAUUCAGAUGAAGAAAGUUAUUCUGAACCUUAUGACCUUGGCAAAGUCACAUUGUUAGAUGAGCAAGCUAAGAGAAUGUCUCUGAGGGGAAUGCGUCCAUCUGUAGAUGAACAGGAGGAAGACAGAUUCAGGAAGCACAGUGAAACUGGUGUCAAAAAACAGCAGUCUCCCAGCAGGGAUCAGAGACCAGCAGAUGAUUAUGACUCACCUUGGGAAAGUAAAUCUUUUCUAGGAAUGCAGCAUAAAUCUCCAAACUUACCCCAAGAGAGACCUCAAGCUCCUGUGACUGACAUGCGCCCAUCUGAUGAUUAUGACAAACCCUGGGAGUGGAACAAGAAUAUUAAUCUGAAUGGCCAUACACAAGUUCCAAGACAACAGGAACCUGUUCAGUCACCUAAAAUAGAUGCACGACCCCCAGAUGACUAUGAUGCUCCUUGGGAGUGGUCAAAAUCUGGUGUUGCAUCAAGGGUCAAGGUUCCAAGGGAAGGAGAAGCACAGGUAACAGGGUGCUCUGUUGCCCCUUCUAAGCCACCAAGAACAUUUGGUGGAGAUGGAUCCCCUAUUGAUCCCGCUUUGCCACUGGCGCAACAGGGCUGGUAUCAUGGACCUUUAAAGCGACUGGAAGCAGAGAGACUCCUACAAUCUGCUGAAGACUGCAGCUUCCUACUGCGACAAUCAGAGAGUAGUAAAAAUGACUUCUCUCUGUCUGUCAAAAAUAACAACUCCUUCAUGCAUCUAAAGAUUGUUUGCCAAGGCAACAAAUACAUCUUGGGACAAUUUAGUAAGCCAUUCAAUACUGUGCCAGAAAUGAUUCACUACUAUUCCCUAAACAAGCUUAACAUUCGAGGAGCUGAACACAAAAAACUGUUACAUCCAGUGGUGCCCCCCCCUGAAUAUUUUACACUGGAGCCUGGUGGAUAUUCCACAGCAAGCUGAGAGUCACAUUCCAUGCUUCAUAUCAUGAAGGCCCUUAUGAAUGGAAAGGCUUCCUUGUCAAGGCUUGGAAAGUCAAAGUGCAGAAGUUACUGUAAUGAAAUAGUGAAUUUAAAAUAAUCUAAUAAAUUUUGACUUUUUUUGUAAUCAUCAGGGAGAGACCUUAGGGAAAUAGUAUUUUUAUCUUCAUUUAAAUUCUGUUAUAUGAAUAGUUUGCAUUAAAAAAAAAAAAAAGACUAAAUUGGAACUAGAAGUACAAUGAGUAGAAUUAGUGUUUUAUACAAGUAUUAUAUUCUCCAGUGUCUGCAAACACAGGUGGAAUCAUUGUUCAAUUUUAUUUCAGUGGACUUUAAAGAAAAUCUUGAUAACAGUGUUGAAAAUAAAACAAUCUUCAAUUAUAGUGAGCACAUUCUGAUCUAAAUUUUCUUAAGACUUCAUUAUUAUCUUGAUUGAUGUUUUACCUUUUGAAGGAGUAGUAAUUUGAUCAGCUGUGUUUGUUGUUGUUGUUAGUUUCAUAUCACCCUUUCUGGGUGAAGGAUAAUUUGGAUUGACAUAUAUUUAGUAAAAAUUCUGUUUUGCCAUAAGGGAGAAUGUACAAAAGAGCAAGGUCUGUAUCAUAAUAAUGUCGAUAGAAUCAGACUUAAAUUAACAUUAUUAACAUUAAUAGGAUUAGUCCUAAAGCUCCUUGUAGAUUUGGAGAAAUAAUUAGGUAUUGAAACUGUCACUUUUAACCUUUAAGUUUUUUUUUCAAUGAAUGAAAUUUACCAAUUUAAAGAAAGAGCUACAUGCAAUUGGGUUAGAAAUGAUUGAAAUGAAUGGCCUUGAACGGAAUCACCUGAGCUGUUGUCUCUGUAUCGCAUUACACUGUGGGUUGGUUCGUUUGUAAUUUAAAUGAAUAUUUUCAAUGUAGGAUUGUUUCUCAAGUCAAGGAUUAAGUAACAGAGGCAACAAUUUUUACAUUGACUCUGUGAAUGUUAUAAUUUAGCAAUUACUAAAGGUCAUUUUUAAUAGUUAAUGAUAAUAAUACAAUUUACCCCUUGAAAGUCAUCUUAAACACACCAGAUUCAGGAAUUUCAAUAGCAUUCCAGAAUUCUCAAAUACAAUUAAUGUAAUAUGGUCUCUAUAUGAUAUUAUGCUGCAUACAGAAAUAAGUAUUAAUGUAAAAAUCAUGAUAGAAAUAAUGAAAAGCUUUUAAACACAGUGUUUGAGAUAGCUAUGGAGAUUUAUUUACAUGUAACCAUUACUAUUUAGAUUUCUCACCACAUCACACCUUGAUUUCCAGUUAGGAUUUCAUUCUAGAGAUAAUUUCAUCAGUCCGGCUUGUCGUCUUCGAACGUGCCGAAUUCAGUAAGUAUUAGAAAACCUAGAUAAGUAUAUUUUGAAACUUGGAAUAUUAAAAUUUGAGCUAAAUGUUGGA